CAAGAAAGAGUGACAGAGUGAGGAGAUAGCGGGGGUGAGCAUCGCAGCAACUGACAACCUGAGAGAGAGAGAGAGUCUUAGCUUACUAAAGAGAGAGAGAGAGAGGAGUACCACGUUGCCCGUCCUCAUAUUUCCCUCUGCAGCUGUGUGAAGCAGAGUGAGCGGUGGAGAGGAGCGAGCACAUCUGAGUCUCGUGGAAACAGCGGGACCCGCGUACCACUUGGCUGAGAGAUCGAUGCACUUACGCCGAGCCACGCAGAGGGGGUGAGCCACCCGCAGGACAUCCGUGCACUACCAGAGAGGGAGCGAGAGAGUAGCCAAAGGGACGGAGAGAGUGGAGAGAGCAAGAGGGGAGAAGAUUACCCAGGGCCAAUUUGAAAGCUUUCGGCUUGUCACUCAGAGCAAGGCAUCAUCCCAGGGACCAACACUAAAACAAUCAAGUCCAGUUUGUGCUUUCCAGGUGCAGAGUCAGGGGGAGAUUGGCUACAAGAGAACAAAGUCCUCACAGAGAAGUUUCCAGUGGAUGGUACUGUUCACUCGGGCUGUCUCCGGCAUGCCGAUGGCACGACAGCAUCACCGGGCCAGUGUGCCCACAGCAAGCUGGAUCCUGGUUUUGGCUCUAUUUCUCACUCUACAGGGUGCCGCUCGUGCUGCUCCAUCAGGAGACAACAGGCUGGUUCGUACCACCAGAGUGAGGAGGCAGACCCCAGGGGGGGAUCUGCCCCCCUCCGACUCCUCAGCCAACCAGACCCUGCGGGAGCAACCUUUGGUCUUUAACCACGUCUAUAACAUUAACGUACCCUUGGAGUCUCUAUGCUCUGUUGACUUGGACACCUCUGCACCAUCAGGCCCAGGGGACGGUUCUCGUGCUGAGUUGGGAUCCAGACCUUCUGUAGAGGGUCCAGUGGAUCCAAAUGGAGCAACAGAAUACACAGAGCAAACACUGGAUGCUGAGAGCCAGGUGACAUUUACACACCGCAUCAAUAUCCCCAAAGCAGCAUGCGGUUGUCCAGCAACGGCCACAAUCCAGCAGCUCGCCACCAGGGUGGAGAUGCUAGAGAGAGAGGUUUCCAUGCUCAGAGCUCAGUGUGGAUCCGGAUGCUGCGGGGAGAGCUCGGCCAUGGGCCGUUUGGACUUUGUCCCAGGCUGCAGCAACCACGGCAGCUUCAGCUUCGAUAUGUGCAGCUGCAUCUGCGAGGAAGGGUGGACCGGCAAAAACUGCUCCGAGCCUCGCUGCCCAAAUGACUGCUCCGGUCAAGGGGUGUGUGUUGAAGGGGAGUGCGUGUGCGACCGUGACUUUGGAGGUGACAACUGUUCGGAGCCGCGUUGCCCUUCGGACUGCUCAGGCCGCGGAUUGUGCAUCGAUGGGGAGUGCGUUUGUGAGGAGUCGUUCACAGGCGAAGACUGCAUGGUCGGAAGGUGUCUCAACGACUGCUCGGACCAGGGGCUGUGCAUAAACGGGACGUGCCAGUGUCGGCCUGGGUAUGUUGGAGAGGACUGCUCGCUCGUCUACUGUGCAAACAACUGCAGCAAGAAGGGAAUCUGCAAGGAGGGCUUCUGUGUCUGUCAGGAUGGAUAUGCUGGAGAUGACUGCAACUCUGUUGCACCCGCCAUGAACUUGAAGGUUCGAGGGGUGACAGAUCAAACCAUCGAGCUGGAGUGGGAGGGGUCAGUUGUGCUGACAGAUUUCUUGGUGACCUACACGCCGAGCACCCCCGGAGGUGUGCAGCUAGAGAUAAGGAUUCCAGGCAACACGACUACCUGCACUAUCUUGGAGCUCCAAGCAGGCAUGGAGUACAACAUCAAUGUGUUUGCUGUCAUUAACAACACUAUCAGCGUUCCUGCCAGUAUUACUGUUUGGACCUAUCUCUCAAGUCCAGAUGUUUUAGUCUUCAGAUCCAUCACAGAGACAUCAGUGGAGGUCCACUGGCAACCGUUCUACUAUUCCUUCGAUGGAUGGGAGAUUAGCUUCAUCCCCAAGGACAAUGAUGGAGGGAUGACUACACAGCUGCCCAGCACCAUCACGUCAUUUGUGCAAACUGGUUUGAGGCCAGGCGAAGAAUAUACAGUGAACCUGGUGGCGCUCCGGGACCAAGGUCGAAGCCAGCCAGUCACAGCUACUGUCACAACAUUGAUCGAUGGUCCCACUCAGCUGAUUGUGCGCGACGUGUCGGACACAGUGGCAUUUGUGGAGUGGACGCCACCGAGGGCAAAGAUUGAUCAGAUUGUGUUGCGUUACGGCCUCGUGGGAGGAGAAGGGCCACGGACUACCUUCCGCCUCCAGCCCACACUUAGCCAGUACUCUCUGCAGGUCCUGCGUCCUGGCUCGCGUUACGAGGUGACAGUGAGCGGCGUGAGAAGAGGAAACGAGAGCGGAUCCAUUUCCACUGAAUUUACUACCGCUUUAUCGUUUUUCUCAGAGAUCGAUGCCCCCAAGAACUUGCGUCUCGUGUCCAAGACCUCUACCACACUUGAGCUCGAAUGGGAUAACAGUGAAGCUGAGGUGGAGAGUUACCAGGUGGUUUAUAGCACAUUAGCAGGAGAUCAGUAUGACAAAGUCAUCGUACCGCGCAAUGAGGGAGCCACUACUAAGACUACUCUCACAGACCUGCUUCCAGGCACAGAGUACGGCAUUGGCAUUUCUGCCAUGAAAGGUAGCAACCAGAGUACACCAGCCACAAUGAACGCCAGGACGACUCUGGAUGUACCUAUGAAUCUGACUGUGAUGGCUUCCACGGACAACACCAUCACUCUGAAUUGGGGCAUAGUCCAGGGCCCCAUUGACCACUACAAGGUCACCUACACAUCAGCCUCCGGCGUCACUAAUGAGCUGACGGUGCCUAAAGACAUCAACACCACCACUUUGGAGGACCUGGAGCCUGGGACCGAGUACACCAUCACUGUAGCAGCAAGAAGAGGAAGACAGCAGAGCACUGCGGCUACCAUAGACGCCUUCACAGGAAUCAGACCUGUAACCCACCUCUACUUAUCAGAGGUGACUUCAGACUCUGUGUCAGUGGCGUGGAGCGCCCCAGCACCACCCGCUGAACUCUUCAUUCUGAGCUACAGCUCUGCCGACGGGACCGACACCUCUAAGGUGACACUGCAUGGCUCCAAGACGAGGUCACUGAUCCAGGGGCUGCUGCCGUCCACUCAUUACACCGUCAGUCUAAUCACAAUACAGGGGGACGUUGCUUCAGAGCCCAUUACAGCUUCACUCACUACAGGCAUGGACCCACCAAAAGAGAUGAUGGUGUCGGACGUCACCGAGGACGCCGUGACGAUCUCUUGGAUCAAACCGCUGGCUCCGUUUGAAUACUAUAAGCUGUCAUACCAGUCAGCCAGAGGUCGAGUAGACAGCGUGAUGAUUGACAGCGAUGUUACAAACUACACCCUGUCCAGUCUGUUUCCUGCCACAGAAUAUGAGAUCAGUCUCAAAGCUGUCAGAGGGAGUCAGGAGAGCAAUGUUGUCAGCACUUCCGUCUUCACAGCGAUGGAUAUGCCGUCGGAGUUGACGGCCCUCAACAUCACCCCUCAAGGAGCCCUGCUGAGGUGGAAUCCACCCGUGUCCAAUGUUGACAACUACGUGGUGACUCUCACACACAACCAGGUAACGGCUGAUACUUUCCUCGUGGAAGGCAACAAGCAGGAACUGCAGUUGUCCAACCUCAAGCCAAGCACCACCUACUCUGUAGCCCUCUACGCCACCAAAGGACCGCUCACAAGUGGCACCGUCAUCACCAACCUCCAAACCCCCAUGGAUGCACCCGUGAACCUGACAGCCAGCGAAGUGAAUCACCGCAGUGCUCUCAUUUCAUGGCAGCCGCCCAUUGCAGAAAUAGACAACUACAUGCUCACCUACAAGACACCCGACGGCAGCCGUAAAGAGCUGAUUCUCGAUGCAGAGGACACAUGGAUUCGACUGGAGGGACUGGCUGAGACUACAGAGUACACCGUCAAGCUCCAGGCUGCGAGGGGACUAGACACCAGUGCUGUAGUCUCUACCACCUUUACUACAGGGAGUCGCCUAUUUGCGACACCUCAGAACUGCGCCCAACACCUGCUAAAUGGAGAGACUCUGAGCGGCAUCUACACCAUUUACAUCAACAGAGACCCCAGCCAGGGGGUGCAGGUGUACUGUGACAUGACCACGGAUGAAGGAGGCUGGAUUGUAUUCCAGCGUCGUCAGAACGGCCUGACGGACUUUUCCAGGAAGUGGAGUGAUUAUCGCGUCGGCUUUGGAAACCUGGAGGAUGAGUUCUGGCUUGGUCUAGACAACAUCCAGAAGAUUGCCGCUCAGGGCCGUUAUGAGCUGAGGAUUGACAUGAGGGACGGACAGGAGUCAGUCUACGCCAAUUAUGACAAGUUCUCCAUUGGAGAUGCAAGAAAUCUCUACAAGCUCAGGAUAGGAGAAUACAAUGGCACAGCUGGUGACUCUUUGAGCUACCACCAGGGUCGGCCCUUCUCGACAAAAGACAGAGACAAUGACAUCGCUGUCACUAACUGUGCCUUGUCAUACAAAGGAGCCUGGUGGUACAAGAACUGCCACCGGGCUAACCUCAAUGGCAAAUACGGCGAGUCCAGGCACAGUCAGGGUAUCAACUGGUACCACUGGAAAGGCCACGAGUUCUCCAUUCCCUUUGUGGAGAUGAAAAUGAGGCCGUUCAAUUUCCGCAGCAUCAGCAGCAAGAGGAGGCGGUCUGCCCCUGUAUAGAUGAAUCGCCACGAUCCAGCCCAGAGUCAUGGAUAAAUGGAGUUCGGAUGUUGAGUUUUUGCUAUUCGCGUGCCUCACUGACAGGAGCAGCAGGCUGGGAUGUGACCGCGGCAGGGCAACGUUAGUGAGGCUCAAAGAAGAAGCAGAAUAUGACAAAAAUCUACUAAUAUUUUAUUAAAACAUUAACAAGAAGAUGUUAUAACCACGGAUGUAAUCAUAAAAUAGCAGAGAGGCUCGAGCAACGUCCGAACUCUGUUGAUCUCUGCACCUGCCCAGCUUUAGCUGUCUUACCCUGCUGUACGUCUGCCCAGAAGUUAGAAGACACUGUAUGUAAUUUAUUAAAUACUUUGAAUGAAAAUGGUUCAGUUUGCUGUAUAAAACAAACAAAAAGACAAAACAAGAGGAAAGGCAAACCAGGAAGCUUUGUUUUUUUUUCUUUUAAUCUGUGAUUUGUCUUUCCCUAGGAUGUGCUCAGAAACGCCCUCAGGAGUGAGAGCUAGCAUUAUUUUAACCGUUACAAAAUAACACUUUUAACUAAAAGAAAAAACAAAAAAAAAACUGUAUAUGCCCUUAAAACCCUCUGUAAAAUAUAUAUCUAUUUUUAUACCUGAUAUUGUGACAAAGUCCAUUUAUUUGAUGCCUUGGUUUUCGACCCUAUAUUAAAAUUAAUAUUAAUUUUCUGGAUAAUUAGCAUUAAAAAGCAAAACAUUCACAAAGCAGUGCACCAGCAGCAGCUUCAAAACCAUCUACUUUAUUUUUUUCUGUAACAUUAUCUUAUGAAUUAUGGAUUUUAAAGCAGAAUAAAACUGUUCUCUUAUUAUUAUUAUUAUUAUUAUUACUACUACUACUACUACUGGUGGCCACACUGAGACAGUAUUUGCACUGUGAGUGGGAACACAGCAAAGCUAUUGUUGUUCAUUCACUUCAUUUCUUCAGUUGCUAAUGGGCAUUAGAUUUUUAGAGCUCGUCUUCUUGGCCAAAAAUAACAAUCUCUUAAUUGCUUUUUGACCCCUGCUAUAGAUGCUCUGAUUGCUUGCAGAGAUGGUGCUGAUAGAUGCAACAUUUAACCAAAGAUCUGCAUAAUAACGGCCCGGCCUGCUGUUUGGAAAGAUGCCAGUCACCAAAGUCACCGAAGCAGCUUUUCCCCCCCUGUGUUAAUAAGAGUCCCACUUUUUCAGGGGCUUUUUAUGGUAACUGUGUCCCCGGGCGUAAUUUUAUGCAUUAUGAUCGCUAAAUUCUAUGCAGGGGAAAGUCAGGGGUACAGCGCAUGUUUUAGCCUGCCUCUCUCCCACUGCUGGCUGAAAAUGAACCUAACAAAGAAAGCAGAACAGUAGGUGGAGAGGAGCCAAGUCUUUCUUCUGUGCUCUUCUUUUACUCGCUUCACAAUUUAAGCUCCCCGGUGAAACAACAAAAUCAGCAAACACGGCUGAGCCUGUAUUCCUUUUUAGCUGGGUGGGUGUAAUCUGCAGCAUGCCCACCAAACAUUUUGCUUUAAUUCACCGCUCACAGAGUCGCACAAAGUGUUGGGAGCCAGUUGGUUUUCUUGAAGUUGUUUUCUUGGAGUUUCCUGGCUCCUUUGCAGGGGGGGAAAAUGCUGUCUGCGGAGUCGGAAGAUGAACCACACAGCAGUCCACGGAAAUCGAUGUCACCAUCACUGCAAGCGACAUUUGGUCUCACGAUUGAUAAUCUUAACCUGUUUUUUUUUUUUUUCACUUUUUUGAUCAGCUGGAAAGUGAACUUUUCUUUAUUUUUUCACUUUUCUCACUGGAGCGAGCGAGCGACUUUGGCUCCUAUUGCGACUUUGUAUAUUUGUCUUUAUUUUUUCCACAUUUAGACUUUAAAAUAUUAGUAACUCCCCCCUCUAUAAACUACUAACAAUAUACUCAUGUAGAUAUAGAGCUGAAAACAGCUUUUGAUGUGUUCCCCCUUUAGAUGCAAACUAAUUCAACAAGCCCUUUUGAACAUCUCCAUUUUAAGUGCUGUAUUUUUAACCAGUGUUGUGCUGAAGGGUGGCGGGAGACUUGUGCAUGUUGACUAAAAUGCAAUCAAGAGCCUGACAGUAAAAACCAUAUGUCCUAAGGAUGCAUUGCAAUCUGAUUUGUAGUCACAUUUCUUUGUUGAUCUGGGUAAAAGUUGCUCCUGAAGUUUGUUAGGUAGAAGAUAUAGAUCACUUUGAUUAUCAGCCUCCAAGUCAGGUGAUCACAUGAUCUCUCCUGAGUCUGAUUUAUGUUUCAGUGUCUAAGUAACUGCUUUAGUCCAUCUCCUGUAGUGAUUUAUAAUAGAAUAGAGAAUUAUCUGUACUUAUUUCAUUAACUAAUUCGAUGAAGUUUGCCUCAUUGGGUUUUGUGUGCGAGGAACAAAGGUCGGGAAGCUUUGCAGAAAAGGAACAGAAUGUCAUUUGCAUUGCGAGGAAUACCUCUCACUGCGGAUUAUAAGGUGCUCUUAAAGAAAGCUAACGUUAUAUUUCCAUUGAUUUAGAUUUUUUUCUAUUUUGCAAUAAUCCUUCAACCGUUUCUAACUUCACAGAACGAGCAUUUUGUUUAACGUCAUCCACAGAUCCACAUCCAUUUUUCUUCUUUGCAUUUACAUAAGAAAACAAAUCCAGUUAAAUUCUACAGAAAAACAGGGGCCUGAAAUAUUUUCUUGAUAUUAUUUCCUUCUCUCAUUACCUGAGAUCAAGUUGUGUUGGAAUUUUUUUUUCACAUUUGGUCUAUAUUCUGUGUUUUAUAAAAUCUUUUCCAUCUAUUGCACAGCAUCCGGUUUAAAAAGUACAUUUUAUCCCCAUUGCUUAAACUUUAGACUUGUACUGAACUUCUUACAAGUUACAAUACCACCUUUAACCAAUGUUAUUGCGAUCAUAUGACCUUUUUAUGCCACUGAUAUACUGACAGCAUAAUAUUUAGGGCCGAGCCAAACGCUUAAAAGCUUGGAACCUGUCCGUCCUAGACAUCACAAAUCAUACACUUCUCUUUUUUUUCCUCCCGGUAAUCAUUUACAUUGAGUUAGCUAAAACGUUGGUGAUGUUCUCUGUAGACACAAUAGGACAAUAUUGACCUUGUGUCCAUAUAUUGUAUAAUUAUCCAGUAAUGUAUUUAUCUCGACUGGCCCACUCACUUGAGAGGAUUUCUGCUCCCUUUAUUUAUUUCACUGCUAUUUAUUUUCCUGUUUCUUUGUGACUGAUGUGACACAAAAACAAAAAAAAAGAAAAUGCUUUUAUUUAUUGGGUUUGUGUUCACAGAUUACUUAACUGAUAUUGCCACCGUGGUUGGUAAUAACUCUUAUAUAGGCAGAUAAUGUAACUGCAUUCAUUUGACAAAUCUUGCCAUGGAAAUGUAAAUGUUGAUAAAAUGUGAUCUUGACUGUUUGAAACGCUCAUAUAAGCUGAAACUAGGAUUUAUUGUUGGAUAACCUUGGAUAUUACUGUCAAAUUUAGCUCUAGUUUGACUUAAACAUGUACUAUAUAGUUCCUUUUUUAAUACAUUUUCUACAUAUUAAUAAAAUAUUCAAAUAGUCUGAA